AUGACGCCUCCCAUGCCGGCCAAGGCCCGUAGAUGGAACGCGAAGACAGUACAGGCGGUCGACAGCAAAGGCGCAGGCAAGAGCGCUGGCAUGAAGCGAGCCAUUGGCAAUAGCAGCUCCGAGCCCCCAAACAAACGGCGGAAGGCAGCAGCAUCCACCAAGAAAGAUGUCUCCGUACCGGAAGCCAACAAGGCGGACGAUCCAUGGGUUGUAAAUCCGGAUCAGGUGUUCAGAUUCAUGGACCUACCAGGAGCGAUUGAGGAAAAAGCACCUGCCAUCACCCAAGCGAAACCCCUUCCUUACAUCGGCUUGACGCAAGUCUGUUCUCUCAUCCGUACUGAGUUUCGUCCUUUGUGGCUAUCCACCCAUCAGUUCCCGCUCUUUGCACUGGAUGGUUACUUCAAAGCGUUCUUUCCGGUGUUACGCGGAGGGUCACGAUUAAGCGAAGACGUUCGGAAACGGAUCAAGGGUUAUUCCAAAACGACUGGCACCCUGCGUCUCUGGAUCAGAAUGGACUGCUUGAAACGCGUUGAUGUCCUCCCACUUCUCAAGUUCAGGCACCGGUUCCCCGAGUACAUCAUAACGCCCAAAGCUGCCCAACCCAAUGUUGAAAAGCUCACCAUGGACUCGUUCACAGCUCUCAUGAAUACCGACAAUGCGACCUGGGUCAGUUACAUCAAACAACACCGCGUUACGCAGGUUAAGUUGCAAAUCAGCCGUUACGAGGUCCGAUCCUCCAACUUGCCCAUGCGCAUUGUUCUCAAGGAGAAGUACGCGCUCGACUGGAUGGGAUCGGGCUUCGUUCGCCUGCCCCAUGUUGUGGAAGAGUACAAGGAAUUCUUGGGGCUCGACCCAAGUUGGGGUGUUACUUUUGCCGUGGAUUACUCAUGA